CUGAGGACAUGCCGGGGGCCAUGAUGUUGGGAUGCACCACUACCACGUUGAAGGGGAGUCCCCCAGAUGCUGCUCCCAUCGAGGAUGACAAGAUUGUCGGAGGCUACGAGUGCAGAAAGAACUCUGUGGCCUACCAGGUCUCUCUGAACUCUGGCUACCACUUCUGUGGAGGCUCCCUGAUCUCCAGCACCUGGGUGGUGUCUGCUGGUCACUGCUACAAGUCCCGCGUCCAGCUCCGUCUUGGUGAGCACAACAUUGCUUUCAAUGAGGGCACAGAGCAGUUCAUCAGCUCUGCUAAGGUCAUCCGCCACCCCAGAUACAACAGCCGCAACCUGGACAAUGACAUCAUGCUGAUCAAGCUGAGCAGGCCCGCCUCCCUGACCAGCUACGUCCGCACCGUGUCCCUGCCCUCCAGCUGUGCCGGCUCUGGCACCCGCUGCCUGAUCUCUGGAUGGGGCAACCUCAGCGGCUCUGGAAGCAACUACCCCGAUACACUGAGGUGCCUGGAUGUCCCCAUCCUGAGCGACAGCCGCUGCAGGUCUGCCUACCCUGGACAGAUCACCUCCAACAUGUUCUGUGCUGGAUUCCUCGAGGGAGGCAAGGACUCCUGCCAGGGUGACUCCGGUGGCCCCGUGGUGUGCAACGGUCAGCUGCAGGGUGUGGUGUCCUGGGGUUAUGGCUGCGCCCAGAGGAACAAGCCUGGAGUCUACGCCAAGGUCUGCAACUACAACAGCUGGAUCCGCAGCACCAUGUCCUCCAACUAAAGUCACUUUCAUGGAAGUAACAUGAAGCUCGGGAAUGUUUUACUGAAAUAAAUGAUGAUCAAUGUCA